GGAAGAUAUGUAAGUAGGUUUGGUGGGAGAAUAAGUAGGCAGUUUGUUACGAACAAAUCAAGAUCUGUAUUCAAAUGAGUUUAAAGGUUGAGUGAUGUCGAAGCCAGCAGAGAUAGUAUGUUUCGGAGAGAUGUUGAUCGAUUUCGUUCCUGAUUCUUCUGGAGUCUCUUUAGCAGAGUCUACUGGCUUUCUGAAAGCCCCGGGAGGUGCCCCUGCCAAUGUUGCUUGCGCCAUUACCAAACUUGAGGGGACCUCUGCCUUCAUUGGCAAGGUGGGAGACGAUGAGUUUGGGCGGAUGUUGGUAGAUAUAUUGAAGAGUAACGGAGUGAACAGCGAAGGAGUGUUGUUUGACAAGCAUGCAAGGACAGCUCUAGCGUUUGUGACAUUGAAGAAAAAUGGAGAGAGGGAGUUCAUGUUCUACAGGAACCCUAGCGCGGACAUGCUGUUGAAGGACUCUGAGCUCAAUUUGGGUCUCAUCAAACAGGCUAAAAUCUUUCAUUAUGGUUCAAUUAGCUUAAUCACCGAGCCUGUCAGGUCCGCUCACAUGGUUGCUAUGAAAUCUGCCAAAGAUGCAGGUGUCCUACUUUCAUAUGACCCUAACGUUCGCCUUCCUCUCUGGCCUUCCCCUGAAGCUGCCAGAGAAGGUAUCAAAAGCAUCUGGAAUGAAGCUGAUUUCAUCAAGGUUAGUGAUGAUGAGGUAAAUUUCCUCACACAAAAAGACGCGGACAAGGAAGAGACUAUAAUGUCGUUAUGGCAUGACCGCUUGAAGCUUCUUGUUGUUACUGAUGGAGAGAAGGGAUGCAGAUACUUCACCAAGAGUUUUAAAGGAAAAGUGAGUGGUUUCUCUGUUAAGACUGUAGACACCACAGGAGCUGGAGAUGCUUUUGUAGGUUCCCUUUUGGUUUCCAUUGCCAAAGAUCCAUCAAUUUUCCAGGAUGAAGAGAAAUUGAAGAAAGCCUUGAAAUUUUCAAAUGCGUGUGGUGCAAUCAGUACAACUCAGAAGGGAGCCAUUCCAGCAUUGCCAUCUACAGCUGAUGCUCAAGGACUCAUUGCUGGCUCCAAGGCUUACUAAACAUUGAUUCUUACCUAAUUAUCAUUUUAUUUUUAUCAUCUUCUCUUAUUUUCAAUUCACACCAUUUCUCCAAAUUAAUAAGUUCUGUAGACAAUUUAUUUAAGCUUUAAAGUAAUUAUUCCUAUUCUAAUUUCAUCGAUAGGCUUGUCAGAAUUAAUAUUGUUUCAAUUCGUGGUUCGAUAGGAUGUAUAAGAAUAAUAAUGCUACAUAGAGUGUAUUAGUAAUGAUUUUAUUAAUGGAAAAGGGUCAAAGUGCCAAUAAACUAUUCGAAAUA